GUUCACUCCCGCGUCUAGCCUGCCUGUGCCGUGUUGCGGGAGUGAGCGGACGUACUUUGACAAACAUAAAACCCAGCUGCUUGCCCAGAUUCUCGAUCCAUUCUCUUCCUUACCUUCAUCACACCAGAAGCAAACAAACAAGUCGACUUGACUUCGCCAACGUUGCCAACAAAUUUCACCAACUUUCAAACCACAAAUACAUCCAAAAUGUCUCUUCACUACCUCCCUCCCGUUAAGCCUUCGGCCAUUGCCCUCGGUACCGUCUUUUGCCAGACUGCUGAGCUUGCCGUCCUCACCCCCAUCUUUGGCGCUACCUACAACCGCGCCAAGGCUGCCAACACUAAGGAGGAGUUCCUUCGCUCAAAGGAGGCCUCCUCUGCUGGAAUUGCUUGGGGAACCUCGCUGGUCGGCUCUGCUCUUCAGUCGUAUGGUGUCGGUGCCCUCAUCAACGCCACUGCCACCCUCAGCUACAAGGGUUCGGCAUACCUCGGUGCUCUGAUCUUUAUGGCUACCUCUGCCCCUGGCUACAUCUCGCAAGUCUUCUUGGAGAAGCGCCCGCUUGAGACCGUCGGUGUCAGCGUCGUCGCUAAGGUCAUGGAGACUGUUGGCCUCGCCUGCGUCCUGACCUGGUGGGGAACUCGCACCAACCCCUUCGAAUAAGCUAUUUUAGUCGCACAGUUUGAUAUGAGGUGGAUGAAUAUGAAGGCGCAAUAAAGGCGUCAAGGCUGGCUAGAGUCGUCAAUUGUGUUAAUUGCAACCACGCGUUUUGUUUCGUUUUCUCUUACCGUAGUUCACAAAUAAUCAAUACCGAAACAAACCAGAUACCAAUUGAACGAUUGGCCAUGAUGGACAUGGUUGACUUGUAUGCAUGUCACAAGCAUGUUUGCAACCGAGUCUUUG